AUGUCGAAUUUCUACGCCCGAUAUGUGCCUCCCGGCCAAAAGUCUGAAGCAGUAGCAGUCACCAGCCCUUCUCCCAAUUCGACGAAGCGCAAGCGAGAAGGCGAUACGGGGACCAAGCAGAAGCAAGGCAAAAAGCCAAAGCUGUCCACGGCGGUAGACAAGGUGGCUUCUAAGGCGACGAGAUCCCCUUCACCCGACCACCGUACACCUGCCGACGAUGCGUCCGUUGCUGCAGAGAGAGCAGUCCUCGACAAAUAUCGUGUCACCGAAGCAGCAAGAAGUGCAGACCCUUCCGCUGAUAUCAGACCUCGGCGGUCUAAGAUUCAGGUGUCUGAGGAGGUAGCCCAGCAAAAUCAUGAUCAUGAUGACGGAUCCAAGAGCAGGAAAGGCCACAAAUCGAAACUCGAUGUAGAUGAGACGGACUCAGAGACAGAAGCUGGCACACAUCACAAAAGACAUGCGGCGGUGUUGUCGAAAUUUGAGAAAGCCAAGCAGCUAGAGGCAGAACGACCGCAGGAUUCUGAAGCUUCUUCAGAUCAACCACCUAUUGAACUUCACGGUCUCGAACCGCUCCCACAGCCCCAGGAAGUGGAAGUUGUUCCCAGCAAACCGACAUAUUCUACCCUGCCCGGCUGGCAAGAAACACCGCUGAAUGUUUCCCCAGAAUUGACGGCGACUUUCGAGUCGCUUGGAGUGUCAAGUGAACUGCUGGCCAAUCUGCAUCGAAGCGGUCUAGACAGAGCAUUCCCUGUACAAGCCGCCAUCCUGCCGUUGCUUCUAGAGGGUCCAGAUAGAUACGAUGGGGAUCUUUGCAUUUCAGCCGCCACCGGUUCUGGAAAAACCCUCGCCUACGUCUUGCCAACGAUUGAUGGGCUGAGAAGUCUUGCCGGCACCAAGCUGAGGGCAGUGAUCGUUGUUCCGACUCGAGAACUGGUGAAGCAGGUGCGCGAGUUAUGCGAGAUCUGUGCUUCGGGUACUUCGCUUAAGAUUGCCACUGCCGUUGGGAGCAAAUCGAUCAAGGAGGAACAGGAGUCACUUGUGGCAGAGGAGCACGUCUAUAAUCCUCAGCAAUACAAAAUAGAGCAGAAGAAGUGCGUUGACUGGUCCUCAAUAUCACUGGAGAAGCUGGUGCACAAAUCCACCUCUGGCGACCCCAUGGACUCGGUCGGCUAUGUGACUCGUUACAGGUCCAAAGUGGACAUCUUGAUUACCACGCCAGGACGGCUCGUUGACCACCUCAAUUCCACGCCGGGCUUCACACUGGACGAUGUGAAAUGGCUGGUUGUGGACGAAGCUGACAAGUUACUCAACCAAAGCUACCAGGAAUGGAUUGAGGUUGUUGUCCCGGCGUUACAAUCGCGAGCUGCCACCAAAGACCGGGACGACCUGCUCAGGCACAUGAGGCUGGCACCACCGAGACGAAAGGUGACAAAGGUCUUACUUUCUGCCACCAUGACUCGCGACGUGUCCAAACUGAAUGCCUUGGGGUUGUACAAUCCAAAGAUGGUGGUGCUAACUGGCGCGUCUACGGCCGAUGCCUCCGCGUCUGGGCCGACCGUGGCUUCUGGCUUGGGCAUUGAGUUUUCUUCCCACGAGAUCAGUGACGUCUUCCACAUUCCCGAGCUGCUAGACGAAGCAGCCAUUGCUGUCCCGGACGGGUCAGAGAAGCCGUUGUAUUUGUUGCAACUGCUCGACAAGCAUAUUGGAAUUAUUCCCUCAACUCCAAGCGUGCCGGCCGCAUCGACCUCCGCAUCUGUUUCAGAUACAAGCUCGGAUGCAGAUACAUCUUCGGAAUCAUCGUCAGAUUCAGAUAGCCUAUCGUCAGACGAAGAGGACAGCUCAAGUUCAGACAGUGCAACUACUUCUGAUCACAGCUCGACCGCUCAGGCCACACCCUCCAAGGCGUCUGCGUCUCGUCAGACGAAUGAGGCAGGACAGUCUCCUCGAGCAUUGAUUUUUGCUCGUUCGACUGCAUCGGCUACCAGACUCUCACGACUGUUGGUCCUUCUUUGUCCUGCCCUUGCUUCCCGGAUUUCGACCUUGACCCGCAGUACUACCUCGUCAGCUUCGUCUCGCCGCGCCUUGGCUUUAUUCCGCAGUUCAAAGAUAUCGAUUUUGAUCGCCACAGAUCGAGCGUCGCGUGGGUUAGACGUCCCCGGCCUGGAGCAUGUCAUCUCAUACGACGUGCCCAGCAGUGCUUUGACAUAUGUGCACCGCGUCGGCCGGUCAGCUCGAGCGGGAAAGGCAGGUCAUGCAUGGACCUUUGUCGAGCACAGAGAGGGUGCAUGGUUCUGGCGCGAGAUUGGAGGCAAGGGCAAAGGGGACACGACCGGUCCGGGAGGUAACGACGGUUCGAUUGAGCGAAUACAUGCGAUCAGACGCAUCCAUCUAAGCAUUGGGCAAGAGGACAUCAAGGCUAGAUAUGAGAAGGCCUUGCAGCAACUGGGAGAUGAAGCGCGAAAUACUAGCAGUUAA